GGCGCCGGCGCCGCCAUCUUGCUCUUCUGUCGGAGAAGUCGUAGAAGCCGCUGUCGUCGUUAUGGAGAGCGAUGAUACUGGCAAUCGCCUUCGCUUCCAGUUGGAGUUGGAGUUUGUGCAGUGCCUGGCAAACCCCAAUUACCUAAACUUUCUUGCCCAGAGAGGAUUCUUCAAAGACAAAGCAUUUGUUAACUACCUUAAAUACCUGCUCUACUGGAAAGAACCAGAGUAUGCCAAAUACCUAAAGUACCCUCAGUGCCUGCACAUGCUGGAGCUGCUGCAGUAUGAGCACUUCCGCAAAGAGCUGGUCAAUGCCCAGUGUGCCAAGUUCAUCGAUGAGCAGCAGAUCCUGCACUGGCAGCACUACUCUCGCAAGCGCAUGCGAAUCCAGCAGGCCCUGGCAGAGCAGCAACAGCAGCAACAGCAGCAGAACAGCACCUCUGUAAAGUGAGCCCAUUUGGCAUCCCCAGUAAGUGCAGAAGGGACAGUUGCAGUGGCGGUACCACUCUGGAAUCAUCCAAGCAUGGGGCUGCCUUGGCUGAGCAGCCACAGCACAAAAUAGUCACCCUGGGGGACCUCAACACCUCUUAUGGAUCCUCUGGCUUUGCUUUACCAGAGGCGGCAUAAACAGCUUCUUUGUGUGUUGGAUGAAGUAGCAAGAAGUUCUCACCCCCUCCAGAUUUAAAGUUGUCACUGCAUUUCCCAAAAGACUGUCAGUGGAAAGGUGGGUGAGUUGGGUUGGUAUGUCUGUCUCUUUCUGUGUGUGUGUGUGUGUAUGUGUGUGUGUGUGUGUGUGUGUGUGUGUGUGUAUUAGCCCUGUGGUGGUUAGUUUUGAGCAUGUUGAUUGAGAGCAGCAAAUAAAGAGACUCAAAAGCU